CCGCCCCGGAACGUCAUAGUUCAAAACUAGGAUGCAUCUCGACUUUAGAAAUGGAAUAGUUCGACACUAUCAAAGAUCACGCGGAUACGGAAAAGCUGUAGAAUCACCGUACUUAUCAAGUUCUUAUCUACUCAAAGAUGUUGUCAUUUGUUGUCCUGCUGAUCCUGUUUCAACCAGGAGAGGGAGGCACCUCACCUAUCUCCUGUUACAAUGAUCAAGGGGAAGCUGUUGACUGGUUCUAUCUCUACAAAUUCCCCCAUGUUGAUCGAGAAUCUCCCACCGAUGGACAGAGUUAUCUACUGAUGGACAAAGGGAGCGAGGGAUGGACAGAUGGAAAAGUGUUGGUGAAUGACAGUACUGGAGCCCUGGGGAGGACAGUGGGCCAGCUGUAUGAGCAGGGGAAGAAUGGUGACAUUGCAUACAUCCUGUACAAUGACCAGAGACCACCCGAGGAGGGAGAAAGGGGAUUUGGUCUCCUUAGUAGCCGAGGUGGCCACACUAAAGGUGUUGUCUUAUUGGACAAGACACAGGGCUAUUGGUUGGUCCACAGCACCCCUCAUUUCCCCCCUGUAAAGGAAAUAGGGCAAUAUUCCUACCCAGGUAGUGGUGUACAGUAUGGACAGAACUUCAUCUGUGUGACCUACCCACUGGAACGCUUUCAGACAAUUGGAGAGCAGUUGCAGAUCAACCAGCCCAAUGUGUAUGACUGUGGUGUCCCUGCUUCCUUGGCCUCUCUGGUGCCCGCGCUGGCUGACGUCUGUAACAACAGCCAAGGGCAGAUGGCCUAUAGCAGCUUAACGCACACCCAACCUGCAUCCAAUCGCAGUGUGUCUCUUACCUCAUUAGGUGGAACCGAGUUCAUCAGCUUCGCCAAGGGGGGAUCAUUCAAUAAUGAUCUGUACCACUCCUGGGUGGCUCCUUCCCUCCAGUCAGACCUCCUAGUCCAGUUCUGGAUCCACUCCACUGGCAUCCUGCCCUCUGACUGCUCCCUGGGCUGGAAGGUCCUAGACAUCCAGCUUAUCUCCCCAGGUGGGAGGAUCACCUUCAAGGCCUCCAACGACCACUCCAAGUGGGCCGUGAGUACCACCGGGGGUGGGGUGGAUGGAGCUUCUGGCUGGGUGUGUGUGGGCGACAUCAACCGGAACGAGGCUGAGGAGAAGAGAGGGGGCGGGACGGUGUGUCUGCAGGACGCCACGGUGUGGAAGGCCUAUCGGACAGCGGCGCUGGAGUGUGAGAUGUGCGGGGGAGGGACUAGCGGGUGUGAUAUGGCCGUAGAGGAUGCAAGGCACUACCAGGGAGAUAUGAAUCAGUAAGCAUCGGUGUGGCAUCAGUGGAAAGUUACUAGUAUGCACACAGUUCACUGAGCAGCUAGGUUUGUUAGUAUUAUUGAGCUCCAUGAACAAGGUACCCCAUAGAAUGUUGAUUAAUACGUUUUGGAGUGUUUCAUAAAUUGUCAUGAAAAGAAACAUACUUGAAAGGGAAGUGGCACUCCUAUAAUCAUAAAACAAUAAGCACUUUGCUGCAUAGGCUACUGUUCUAUGUGUUGCUAAUGACUAGGCAAUGUUGAUUGUGAUCUCAGGUAUGUUUUUUUCACAUUAUAUAUGCGUUUGUUUUCAACCUUUUUUUAUGUGACAAAUGAUUUCAAAAAAUGAUUGUUAAUGUAUGUGAAAUGGUUUUUCUUUAUUUCUAUUGUACUUUUUAGUCAAAUGUUUGGUGACGUUUUCAGCUUUUAGCUUGAAACAGGCAAAGAUACUGACUGUCUUCUGUCCAAAUAAAGUACUGUUGUUGCGGGGUGCACAAAUGUUUUACAUAAUGUUCUUCAUUAAACUUCCUCAUCCACCAACAAGCUAGAUACUAAACCACAGUCUGAAUCUUUUAUAUGUACAUCUAUGUACAUUUAUUUGAUAAGAGUAGACACAGCAUUAUUACAGCACACAUCUGGGGAGUUGCAUAGAAAGUCUUCAUAUAACUGUCACGUCAAAAUGCAUUCAUAUAAAAAGGAAAUGUAUCACACAAAAAUAAUAGGACAUAUGUAGUGCAUAAACAUGCCAGCUUAUACAGAACUGUGAGUGAGGGAAUUCACAAUCAUAUGUACUGUACAUUCCAAUGCAUACAUCACAGAGGCUUCAUGUCAAAUGGCACCCUAUUAAGCGCACUACUUUUUACCAGGGCCCAUAGGGCUCUGGUGAAAAGUAAAACACUAUAUAGGGAAUAGGGUGCCAUUUGGGACACUUUAGGAGGUUCAAGCACCAAUGAGAGAAAGGCACUAAACAAUCAGUAGCUUAGCCUGGCGCUAACACUUCAUCAAAUUACGUUACCCAGAAUCCUCUCCCUGGCACUACCGUAUCUAUGCCUCAGCCUUAGUAGAGACUUCAACAGCAUUGGGUAGUAUGGCCAGAGUUCACAAGAGUUCAUCAAUUAGGGCCUCCCACAAUCUGUUCCCCAUGCCCACUUAUGCAUACAGGUUUUUCUUCCAACUGGUCUCAUCCUCAUGGGAUAGAAGCAUAGCCUUCUGAAACACCCUCUACAUUCAGUUCCUGGACUAAAGACAUUGCAUAAUGAAACCUUAUAGCUGUCAGAUCUCUAUUAAACAUCUGUGAAAAUAUAAAUUAAACAUCAUUCAGUGAUUGGUGAGAAUCACACACUAACCUCACAUGGGUCUUUGAGGACUGACUUUGGGAGCCCUGGUUGAAGUACACUUCAGACAGACUUCCAUUCCAAUUACCAACUAAACCCAUUCAGAGACCAUUGAUAAAGAUUAGCUUAUGCUGUAUUGAAAAGUAUAACAUUAAGAUGCAAUGGUAGACAUAUUUUCAAUAGGCACAACAUAGUUUGGACUUUCAUUAGUGUCUUCACAUUAAUUGUUUAGGUUAGAGUUUGUGGGUUGAUGCUGUUAUGCAUAAUGGUUAAUACUCAAAAUAUGACUAGAUUCUACAGUGAGGGGAAAAAGUAUUUGAUCCCCUGCUGAUUUUGUACGUUUGCCCACUGACAAAGACA